ACGAAAAUUAUGAACCGCGUGGCGUAUGUCUGUACAGCUGCCGACUGAGAUCUCUGAUAUGAUUUUCCAACGUCGACAGAGCGGUGAUACCGGAGGUCUUCGCCAAAUGACGGAUGGGUGUUUUUCCGUGCUGUGCGAAUCGUUGAAGCGGAGAUUGGACCGAUUGGAGAACCGGGACCGGGUGGUGCGCUGCGAUUGCGGCUGGGAAAUAGAGACCGGGUACGCGGUGGCCGUCGGCCUCGCCACCCUCGAGGCGAAGCGACUCUUUCUCAUAGCCAUCGGUAUCUUCGUCGAGUGGAACGUCCUCAGAUUUUCCGGGGGUCUCGUCCCCCUCGUACUCACGGUCCUCUCGGCAACCCUCGGUGUCCCGGCGGCCCUCGGUGCCGUCUUCACCAUCCACAAGUAG